AGCGCAGUAUCUACUGCUCUCCCUCUCCCUCCAAACUUUCCUUCAUUCUCACGCGCCGCCGUGGUUUCCGCCGGCGGCUACUCCCUAUCCACCGCGCAUCCAUCCCGCUUCCCUCUCCUCGCUUUUCUCUCACAAAACAAAAAAAAUUAAAAAUUUCUCCGAAGACUGUGUAUUAUCGUUAUCGUUCACUGAGUUAGGUUUUGCUGUUCUUCCUAGGGUUUUAUUGUGUCCAAUAACAAGAGGAGGGGGAAGAGAAACAAAACAAAAAAAAAAAAGAAUAAAAGGCAAAAAUUAGGGAUUUUUUUUGGGAAAAAAAAGAGAAAUUUAAGUUAUCGUUGUUGUAGUUGUUGUUUGGUUGAGAUGGCUCAGGUUCAGGUUCCGCCUCAGAAUGCGAUGCCAGGUCCCAACGGUGGUGGUGGUGCCGGUGGUGCUGGAAACCAGUUCGUAACGACGUCGCUUUACGUCGGAGAUCUCGACCCGAACGUCACGGACGCGCAGCUCUAUGACUUGUUCAACCAAUUGGGGCAAGUCGUGUCCGUUAGGGUUUGCAGGGAUUUGACCAGCCGGAGAUCGCUCGGUUAUGGUUAUGUCAACUUUAGCAACCCGCAAGACGCUGCUAGAGCAUUGGAUGUUCUGAACUUCACUCCUCUCAAUAACAGGCCCAUCCGUAUUAUGUAUUCGCAUCGUGAUCCCAGUAUCCGUAAAAGUGGACAAGGAAAUAUAUUUAUUAAGAAUUUGGAUAGGGCAAUUGACCACAAGGCAUUGCAUGAUACCUUUUCUACAUUUGGAAAUAUCCUUUCGUGCAAGGUAGCUACGGAUUCAUCUGGGCAAUCAAAAGGCUAUGGCUUUGUUCAAUUUGAUAAUGAGGAAUCUGCCCAAAAAGCUAUAGAGAAGCUGAAUGGUAUGCUGUUGAAUGAUAAACAAGUGUACGUGGGACCCUUCCUUCGCAAGCAAGAGAGAGAAAGUGCUGCUGACAAGGCAAAAUUCAACAAUGUUUUUGUGAAGAAUCUAUCAGAAUCAACCACCGAUGAUGAGUUGAAGAACACUUUUGGUGAAUUUGGAACUAUUACUAGUGCUGUAGUAAUGAGGGAUGGGGAUGGGAAAUCAAAGUGUUUUGGAUUUGUGAAUUUUGAGAAUGCUGAUGAUGCUGCUAGGGCUGUUGAGGCUCUCAAUGGCAAAAAUUUUGAUGACAAAGAAUGGUAUGUUGGAAAAGCUCAGAAGAAAUCUGAAAGGGAGAAUGAAUUGAAACAACGAUUUGAGCAGAGCAUGAAAGAAGCUGCUGAUAAAUAUCAAGGCGCAAACUUGUAUGUAAAAAAUUUAGAUGAUAGCAUUGGUGAUGAAAAACUUAAGGAGCUGUUCUCCCCUUUUGGUACCAUUACCUCUUGCAAGGUUAUGAGAGACCCAAAUGGCUUAAGUCGUGGAUCGGGUUUUGUUGCAUUCUCGACUCCCGAGGAGGCAUCUAGAGCACUCCUGGAGAUGAAUGGCAAAAUGGUGGUAAGCAAACCUCUGUAUGUGACUCUAGCCCAAAGGAAAGAAGAUAGGAGAGCUAGACUGCAGGCUCAGUUUGCUCAAAUGCGACCUGUUGGAAUGCCACCAUCUGUUGGUCCUCGUGUGCCAAUGUAUCCCCCAGGUGGUCCAGGUAUUGGUCAACAAUUAUUUUAUAGCCAAGGCCCUCCUGCUAUCAUUCCUUCCCAGCCUGGAUUUGGCUAUCAACAACAACUUAUGCCUGGUAUGAGGCCAGGUGCAGCUCCUGUGCCGAAUUUUUUCGUGCCAAUGGUUCAGCAGGGACAACAGGGACAGCGUCCCGGUGGAAGGCGUCCAGGUGCAGUUCAGCAGUCCCAGCAGCCAGUUCCUAUGAUGCCACAGCAGAUGCUUCCUAGGGGACGUGUCUAUCGUUAUCCUCCUGGUAGGGGUAUUCCUGAUGUUCCUAUACCUGGGGUUGCUGGAGGUAUGUUUUCUGUUCCAUAUGAUGUGGGUGGGAUGCCGCUGCGUGAUGCAUCAAUCUCCCAGCAAAUACCUGUUGGGGCUCUGGCAACGGCUCUGGCUAAUGCUUCUCCAGAGCAGCAAAGGACGAUGCUGGGUGAGAAUCUCUACCCCCUUGUGGAACAGUUAGAGCCUGAUAAUGCUGCCAAAGUGACAGGCAUGCUUCUUGAGAUGGACCAGACUGAAGUUCUGCAUUUGCUUGAGUCGCCAGAAGCCCUGAAAGCAAAGGUGGCUGAGGCAAUGGACGUCCUAAGGAAUGUUGCUCAGCAGCAGGCUGGCGGUACUGCUGAUCAGCUGGCUUCCUUAUCUCUUAAUGACAACCUUGUUUCUUAAGGUUUAUAUUUUGGAGUUUACUUAGUGAUGGUGGAUUGUUAUUUUCUGCACUGGCUUUGAUACAGAUUUCAGGUUGAGUUUGUUUCGUUAUCUCUUAAUGACAACCUUGUUUCUUAAGGUUUAUAUUUUGGAGUUUACGUAGUGAUGAUGGAUUGUUAUUUUCUGCACUGGCUUUGAUACAGUUUUCAGGUUGAGUUUGUUUCGUUAGAUUAGACACUUUUGGUAUGUUAUGGACCACCACCUUUUGGUUGAAGGAUACUUCAGCACUGAUUUUAAUUAUGCCUUGCAUUUUGGUACAUGGAAA